UGUGUGUCACACAGCAACACUGACGGACACACACGACCAGACAGAGUGUGUGUUAGUGGCGCCUCCACCGCUACAGCGAGAGGCGGCCGUUAGCCUGGCGGCUCUGCGGCGGUCGUGACACGGCGAGGAAGGCAAGGAAGGAGCGGUUGGCAGAAGGUUAAGGAGGAAGAAGGUGGCGUUCCCUUGUCAGAGAAGCACAACACCCGGAUGACAGUCGGGAGCGAGAGGCUGGACUUCCAGACGCAACAUCAGGGCAGAGAGAGAAGGCCAGUGUGUUACACCUCUUGACACCCGGAUGAGAGGUGGACUUCCAGAGGCGCAGAGAGAGAAGGCCAGUGUGCUACACCUCUUGACACCUACACCUCUUGACACCCGGAUGACAGUCGGGAGCGAGAGGCUGGACUUCCAGAGGCGCAGAGAGAGAAGGCCAGUGUGCUACACCUCUUGACACCUACACCUCUUGACACCCGGAUGAGAGGUGGACUUCCAGAGGCUCAGAGAGAGAAGGCCAGUGUGCUACACCUCUUGACACCUACACCUCUUGACACCCGGAUGAGAGGUGGACUUCCAGAGGCGCAGAGAGAGAAGGCCAGUGUGCUACACCUCUUGACACCUACACCUCUUGACACCCGGAUGAGAGGUGGACUUCCAGAGGCACAGAGAGAGAAGGCCAGUGUGCUACACCUCUUGACACCUACACCUCUUGACACCCGGAUGAGAGGUGGACUUCCAGAGGCGCAGAGAGAGAAGGCCAGUGUGCCGUCUGUGUUGGAGUCAGCAAGUUCUACUCGGCUGCGAAGGGACCUUUUUUUUUUUUUUAAAGAACAAAGCGGUAGAGGAAAGAAAAGGAUUUCUUCCAACGUCUCAUUGUCCAAAUGAGCCAAGUUUGGAUCAAUGCUGAAGCCUGGGUGGAUUUGGAUUCCACCCAAGAGGUUUUAGGGUGAUUGCCCAGCUGGAGGGUCGUACUCAUUAGUGGCUAAGGAGCAGCUGCCAGAAGGAGCCUGUGGAGUGGCAGGAAGAACCUUGCAGCUGUUAAUAAGAUUCUUCUUUUCACUGAAUUCUUUUCUUUUGCAAUGGGACUGAUAUUUUUUCAUGGGUGCAAGCUUAGAAUUAUUCUCAGUUUGGAAAUCGUUCAAGAGUCGAAUGAGGAGAGACUUUUAUCUGCAAGAUGAUUCGGUGUCAACACUUUUGAAUCCCUUUUGCUACUUUUAUUUUUCUGUUCUUUUGUUGUUGUUGUUGUUGUCUUCCUAUGCCCUGACGGCUCAGUCGCCAUGGCAGCAGCGUACCGUGUGGUGGUGAGCAGCGUGAGCUGCUAUAACAGCGUAGUGGUGGACCGGCGCGCUCACUCCCACGCCGUGCACUAUUGUUCAGGGCCGUGCGGGGCACUUUCCCGGGGCCUGGAAUGCACCGUGGCCCACCACAGCACCUGCUCCGAGCUGCUCGUUUCACCUGACUCGUUGACCGGCUCGCCCAUACACUCUCGGACCAGCCAGCAGCUCCCCGGCCAUGGUAAAAUAAACACUGCUAUUGAGAGUAGUUUUAACUGCAGUGCUCUGGAGAGGGUAGGCAGCAGUGGAAAUGUGUCCAUAGGAGAGGACAGCAAUGCGUGGCGAGGGAAGAAGAUCCCCAGUGGUGGAGGAUCUAUGGGGAACCUGAGCUGCUACGGUAGCCUGAAGGACAUCACUGAGGAGGCCAUCAACCUGGCCAGUGGUAAGCUCAAAGAGUUUUCCUUUGACAAGCUCCGCCUCUCCUCCUCCAGCCAGGUCACCUUCCGAAAAGGCCGUAAGGUGCGACCCGACUCUUUGAGCCGUCGCUCCACCGAUUUGGAGAUCAUCUACGGCCACUUUAGCUCCAAUAUCUCCAGUAACGGAACAAGCAACGGCACCGCUACUCCUAAUGAUGAGAACACGCCUCCACUGGUGCUUGGCAAGGUGGCAGGACUUGAGGAGACAAAGUUGAAAGGCUCCUUGUCAACUGUUACAAAAUUAAAUGGGUCAACAAGCAUCAACAGCGGGUCACUUGACCAAACUGUGAACACCAUGGCCUCUCUUUACCGUAACACCUUAGGAGAAGAGAAUCUAAUUGCCCGCCUGCUGGAGAAAACCUGGGCUGAGGCGGCUGCUAGUGGUGCAGGCGGGGAGGACAUCCGGGCCUGCCUUGACAUUUUGCUUAAAUGCUCCGAAGACCUGAAGAAAUGUACCGAUAUCAUCAAGCAGUGCAUUAGACGCAAAGCUGGCGGAGGGCCUCAGGAUGGGGGAGCCAGUCCUGACAGUGUGUACCGGGCUUUGAUGACUCGACUUAGUACGUAUCUUAAGAGACUACCACUGGAGCUAGAAGGGUUUGGAGGCAGCGGGCAAGGUGGUCAGGGUGAGAGUACCACUGGAAGUGGGCACAGUGACCUGUUAGAACUGAUGAACAAUCUCCAUGCCCUCCAGCAGGCACCUUUCUCGCCGAUAUUUGGCAAUGAGCAACCUCCUCGUUAUGAAGAUGUUGUCCAGUCGCCUCCCAUCCCAAAGACUCAUCCUGCCACCUCUACUCCCUCAUCUGUUUCAUUAUCCUCCCUUUCUCACAGCUCCCCAUCCAAAUCCUUGGCACUUACCAAUGGACUUCAACAUUCACAUUCUUCACCGUCUAUAUCUCGUCAUAGUCUGUCUCCCAAUCCUGUCAAAAAUUCUAAUCCCUCUUUAACACACUCACCUUCCCGUCUUCGAAUUUCCCCUACUCCGCCAUACAGCCAUACCCCUCCAGGAUCUCCUAUGGAGGCUCUGUACAUUGAAGAGGAAGAUGCAGAUAUGGGUAAGACUUCCGAACAAAUGUCUCCACAGACCAUCUUAAGUAAACCUGUGCAUCCGUCACAACUAGAUUUAUCCAACCCUGCAAGGCCUGCUUCGUCCAAAGCUGCAGCACAUAGAAACGAUGACAUCGACAAGCUCCUCAUGGAUCUGGAGAAUCUUUCUCAGAGCAUGAGCAACCCCAGAAACUCAGAACCUCCUCUUCCAGUCAAAACUAGAAAGCGAGGCCAGGGCAUGGUGUCCACCGAAGCUCCAAUUCAGCCUAAAAUGCCCCAGUACCAAGUCAAAACCCCUGGUAGCAACCUAGUCGCGAAUAGCAGCAGCCUCAAAGCCCCUCAAGUAGAUGACACUCCGACAGGUGAGGAAGGAGAGCAGGAUGGGGCGCUGCUGCUGAGAAUCCUGGAGAGCAUUGAGAGUUUUGCCCAGGAGCUCGUGGAUUCCGGGGCAGGGAGCACAGGAAGUGCUGAGAGGAACAGUGGAAAGGAACGAGAGGUGAUGAGGCUCCUGCAAGAUACACUGGCUACCACUGGAAGGGCCGACACCCCAGUGGAGACCACAGAGGUCCAAACUACUCCCACUAACAAUCACGUAGAAACAGUUCCAGCCAUACCGCCCAAACUCUCUGUACGCACACCUACGCCAACUCUUAAAACUGAAGAGGUAUGCACUGCUUCAAUGGCACUUAAAACUACACCUGAGGCCGCAUUCAAUUCUGUGCCUGCACCUACACCUGCAACCCAGUCAGCUAAUACAGUUUCAGAAGUCCCAAUUGUGGAUCCCAAACUUUUGCUUUCAUCUGCGAACUCUCAAUCCUCCAUAUCCUCAACACCUGACGCUGCAUUUGAAGCUUUACUGACUGGUCACAGCCCACCUGGGAUUGUUGGGCAAGAACCUGUGGACCUUCCAGUGCCGAGAGAGACUGCUUCAACCCUCCUCAUCCAGCAGAGUCCUGAAGUGAUCAGGGUUCAGUCCAAACCGGACAAGAAACCCGUGACUCCGCCCCCAGCCCUUUCCCCCGCCCACGCGCCCUCGCACAGCUCGCCAAGCCCUGCGCCAGAGCCGGUGGUGGUGGUCCCCCUUCCAUCUCCUCCUCCUGCAGUCAACAUUCCCAGAUUCUACUUUCCUCGGGGGCUCCCCGCCUCCAGCCUGACCGCCAACCACGACGCCGCCAUCGCCGUCGUGGAGGCGGCCUUCGCCCAGUUCGAGGAGGAGAAGGCCGACAUUUACGAGAUGAGCAAGAUCGCCAAGGUGUGCGAGUGUCCGCUCUACUGGAAGGCCGCCAUGUUCUACGCGGCAGGUGGUGAGAGGACCGGCUUUGUCUCCGUCCACUCCUUCAUCGCCACCUGGAGGAAGCUGCUGCACAGUUGCCAUGACGACGCCUCAAGGUUUAUUUACAUGCUUGCCAAGCCUGGCUGUCAGCACCUGGAGCAAGAAGACUUCAUUCCUCUACUUCAGGACAUUGUGGAUACACACCCUGGACUCACCUUCUUAAAGGAUGCACCUGAGUUUCAUUCACGCUACAUCACAACGGUCAUCCAGCGAGUAUUCUACGUGGUCAAUCGCUCGUGGACGGGUCGUAUCUCCAUGACGGAGCUGCGACGGAGCAACUUCUUGGAGACGCUGGCCCUGCUGGAGGAAGAAGACGACAUCAACCAGAUCCCCGACUACUUCUCCUACGAGCACUUCUACGUCAUCUACUGCAAGUUCUGGGAGCUGGACAGCGACCACGACCUCUACAUUGACCACAAGGACCUGGCCCGCUACAACGACCACGCGUCUUCCAAUCGAAUCAUCGAGAGGUUGUUCUCUGGUGCUGUGACUCGGGGUAACGCCGUGCAGAGAGAAGGCCGCAUGAGCUACGCCGAGUUUGUGUGGUUUCUCAUCUCCGAGGAGGACAAGAAGAACUUCACCAGCAUGGAGUACUGGUUCCGCUGUAUGGACGUGGACGGCGACGGCGUCUUGUCCAUGUUUGAGUUGGAGUACUUCUACGAGGAGCAGUGCGAGCGCAUGGAGCACAUGGGAAUCGAACCGCUGCCUUUUCAGGACUUGUUGUGUCAGAUGCUGGACUUGGUCAAACCCCAGACUUCAGGUCAAAUCACUCUGAGCGACCUGAAGCGUUGUCGAAUGGCUCACAUCUUCUUCGACACCUUCUUCAACCUGGAGAAGUACUUGGACCACGAGCAGAGAGACCCUUUCGCUGUGCAGAAGGACCUGGACAGCGACGUGCCGGAGUCGUCCGACUGGGACAAAUACGCCUCGGAGGAGUACGAGAUCCUGGUGGCGGAAGAGACGGCCAACGAACAGGAACAACUGGGAGAAGGCAGGUCCUUUGACGACGACUUGGAUGUGGACGACCUCCAGCUUCCUGCGGAGAUGGCAAGCAAGAUGGAAAAAGUGGUCAUAUCUCAUCUGUCCGCAUGAAACGAUUUUUGGGAGGAAUGAUUGGCCGACUUCAUGAUGACGUGCAAAGACAAUCACAGGAUAGAAAGAGGGAAGGAAGCCUGCCUCCUUGUGGCCACACUGUGCUCCUACAAUCACAGGAUAGAAAGAAGGAAGGAAGCCUGCCUCCUUGUGGCCACACUGUGCUCCUACAAUCACAGGAUAGAAAGAAGGAAGGAAGGAAGCCUGCCUCCUUGUGGCCACACUGUGCUCCUACAAUCACAGGAUAGAAAGAAGGAAGGAAGGAAGCCUGCCUCCUUGUGGCCACACUGUGCUCCUACUUCUGGACUGUUCUACUAAUAUUACACUCUCUGGCAGAGUUUCUCACACUUUUGUUAAUAUUUCUAUAGAUAACAUUUAUAUGUAACAAAACACUGUGGAUGCUAAUCAGACCAUGCAGUGGAAAUAUUUGUCUUUUUGUGCAAAAAAAAAUUUGCAAUAAAAAAAAUUAGAAUCUUUUUUUUAAAUCAUUAUUAUUGUUGCAAAUCAAUUUUUGAAUUAGAAUUUUUUUUUUUUUUGUUCCAUUUUUUGGUUUGUUACGCCUCGUCACAAUUUUAUUGGUCAGAAUUUUCCUUUGAAAUGUGUUGAGGGAGGAACGCCCAUAUAUGGUCAAAAAGGCAUCUUUGUUGUCAAUUGUUCAACAUCUGCUGGACUUUCAGGGAAAUGGAAACAAACAUUUCUCUCUGUGUG